AUGUUUGCAAUCCGGGAUCAAGAGAACUUGGCUCAUGGCCAUCAACAAGUCGCUGCUUCUAAACCCCUCAACCAGUCUACAAGAAGUUUACAGCCAAAGACUCCAGGAAAUAAAUUCCCCAAAACACCAUUAAAGGUCCCAUUGAAUGAUGAGAACGCUCCAGGAGGAAUUGGAGGGAAAGGAACUGGACUUGGUACAAAGAGCAAGGGUGUCGGAGGAAAAGAUGCUACUUUGGAUAAAAAUGCAUUUGUUACACCUAUGGGCCCUCGCAAUCGAGCUCCCCUUGGUAUGAAAACUACAAAUGCGAAAACCAAAGUGUUCCAGACCCCUGCAGGCCCCGCACCUGAGAAAGAGCUCGAAAAAACUGUAUCCAAACAAACGAGUGCUCGCAGACCCAAGCCCAAGGUUUCGGAGAAGGUCAAGAUUGAUGUACAUGGAGAUGAGAGUCCUCUUAAAGAUAUAGAAAUCGAAUAUAUGCCACCACGAUCUAAGGACCUACCAUACGAUUCAGAUGUCUUCCCUGCCGGCUGUCUUAAUUACGAUAUGCUUAAGCCUGAAAAUCUUAGCAAAGGAGCGCUCAGUGAAUUCUAUAACACCAAUGAUAAGAGUGGUAAAUCAAAACUCGAGCGGGAUUUGGAACAGUCUGCUGUUGACCGUGCAAAGAAGACGGAUGAGCAAAUAUUGGCAUCAAUGGAAGAGGAUUGGACGGUUGGUGAUGUUCCUGAAACAUUCAGAAUUUUGAGAAAGAGAGCACCAGCCAAGGCUACGGUUAAGGAAGAAAAAGCCAAAGCAACAAUCCCAAGCAGAGGUCCUACAGCAAUGGCGUCUCGCCGAGCAGCAUCCGCCCUAUCAACUCUUCCAAGGUCGGUAGUGGAGCCUUCCAAGAGACCAUCAACAGCAAUCCCAAGGCCGGCAUCAUCAUUCUUAAGAGGUAGAAAGACACCUACUUUUGCACCCGUUACAAAUAACACUAUGCGUGCCACAGCAGCAGCAGCCACAUCUAGAAGUACCAUUGGUUAUACCAAAGGUAGAUCAGCUUCCAAUGUUCUUCAAAAGAAGGACGCAGCACCUCUAACCUCGAACAUGAGACUCAAUGCCACAUUACCGCGCUCAAGCAGUAAUCUUUCUCAUGACUCCGAUAAAACCAUUACUCCAGCACUUUUUGCUCAAAAAGAGAACUUGAGUCAUGCAGAGUACAAGAAAUUGGAUUUCUUGGGUGCUUUUGAUGUUGAUGCUGAGGAUUUAGAGCCAGCCUUGAAAUGUGGUUUACCCGAGUGCCUGAUCAAGUUUGAUGAGGAUGAAGAGGAGUUUGUUUUGACGAUCGGAGAUAAUGAAUAG